AUGGAGGCCAACGCUGAAAGCAACACACGCCGCGACUCCGCCCAUGCCGACAGCACCGAUGCUCCGGAGGCCACUGCAAGCACACCGCUUCUGCCGCGCGCCCCAGCGAGUCACGCACGCAAACCACGGCCGCGCUACACCACGCUCGGUCUCUUCCUGACUGUUGUGGUGGUACUCGGCGUCUUGGUGCUCUCGCUGCUUGGUCUGCACUCGGCUGCUGACGACGGCGCGACAUCGCUGUGGCCGAACGCGACGCUGUCCAACGGCACACACACGUUCCGGCGCACGGUGAUCCUCAUCUCGCUGGACGGCGCCAAGCCUGUCUACCUCGACUCUGGGCAUGCUCCGCACAUCCAAUCGCUUUCGAUGCAGCCACACGGACGACGAGCCGAGUACAUGCAGCCGGUCUUUCCGACGCUGACCUUUCCGAACCACUGGGCGCUGCUCACGGGUCUGUACGCCUCAUCCCACGGGAUCGUUGCCAACGACUUUACGCUCGGCACCACCCACGCGCAGUUCUACUACACCGACCCGCACCGGUCGUGGUCUGGCUCAUGGUGGCUCGGCGAACCGAUCUGGGCCACUGUGCAGCGCGCGGGCUUGUCGGCAGCUGUCCUCAUGUGGCCCGGUCCACCCGUCACUGCUGCCGGGGUAAGACCGAGGUACUUUCAAAAGUACGAAAGCGGGCCAGAGUGGGAUCUACAAGGGCGGAAACGGGCGGUGCUGGACUGGAUCGACAUGGACAAUGUGCAGGAUCGACCGAGCUUGAUCUGUGCCUAUGUGCCGGAUAUCGACCAGGCAGCGCAUCGGUUUGGACCCAACAGCACACAAGCCCUGCAGGCGGUGCGGGCAGUCGAUGCAUUCGUGGGGGAAUUGCAUACCGAGCUGGUACAUGCGCGUAAUCUCGGUGGGGUGGUGGAUGUAGUGGUGGUGAGUGACCACGGCAUGACGACGACGAGCAAUGCACGGCUGGUGUUUCUCGACCAAGUGUUGGGUGCCGAGGUGCUUGCGUCGCUCCAAACUCGCGAUGCAUGGCCCCUCGCCGGCUUGCGAUUCCGCGGCUCACAGCUCGAACAGGACCGAAUGGCACAGCUCGCCUAUACGCAGCUAAAGAAGGAUGCUAAGGGGUACGAUGUAUUCUGGCGGCAAGAGUUGCCGGAACGAUGGCAUUUGAACUCACCCACGGUGCGAGAUAGGCUGGCUCCACUCUGGAUGGUCCCCUGGCCAGGAUGGUCGAUCACGGAUCAUGCCGAGUUCGCGACGUUUGCAAACGGAACCUAUGCGCCAAGAGGCAACCACGGGUACGAUAAUACGCACCCCGACAUGCACGCCAUCUUUACCGCUACCGGCCCCUCCUUCUCUCCCCACGGCCAGGCGGGGAAGGCCAACAUGGAGGCGUUUGAAAACGUGCAGGUGCACAAUCUGGUCGCUCGCAUCCUGGGCGUUCCACCACACACGCGCGCUUCGACCAACGGUACUUGGUCCUUUUGGACUCCCCACCUUCGCCCCGGUCUCUAG